AUGAGCAACAUCCUCGACUGCCUUGCGGCGGCCCCCGCAUUGAUGCCGAUGCCCAUGGCUCUGUCUCGAGACACCGAAGCUGAAGAGGCCAAGACCGAUGAUAGCUUGUCGCAACCGCCCAACCCUGCCCAUCAAUCGCCGGGCUCACGUCCUCCAGAAGGUCGCCAUGCUGCUCGCCGGAGAAGUCUCGAGGUUGUGGCCGAGGCCCAAGGCGACGUGGACAACUUCGUGCGAGAACUCGACCAGAAGCGACGCCAGCUGGACGACCAGAUCCACAAGUUCAUUGCGCAGAAAGAGAGGGAAUUCAGGCUAUACGAACGCGAAUUGCGCACGCGCUAUCGCACGCCCGUCACGACCUCCUCCCAGACGUCUGGACGUGCCUCGCCCACCACUGCUGCUGACACGCCUGCAGAUGCUGCUUCCACAAAGCGAGAUACGGGAAGCACAAGUGACAAGGGCCACGAGCGCGAGAGCGAGCUUCUAGGCCUCUUUACCCCUGCGUACCUCCCCUUGCUGGAAAGCAGACCUGCAGGCCCCGAGCGAUCUCCUUCGGCUCCGACCUUGAGUGAUCCUGCCGAAGCUACAGCCAUUGGCCCUGAUCGACAGACUCUUCAGCGCGCCAACACCGAUCCUGCUGGUGACAACAAAUCUCACACGUCCAGGCUGGGCCUGGGUCCCCGGACUCCGUCGUCAGGCUCAGAUCCAGGGAGAGGUCUUAUAUCCGCUCUGAAGUCACCCUCGGCUGGUCCAAGACUCUCCAACAAGAAGCGUGUGUCGCUCAUCGUGGGCGAUGAAGUCGUUGCUCCGAGCGACAAUGUCUUUUUUAGUGCACAUAAGGAACCCGAACAGCAUCCGGAUCUUGAACUUGGCGCCCAACACAUUGACGCCCAGGCACCUGCACAAGUCGUGCGUGCAGAGGCACGCGAAGAAACAGCCCCAGAGCCGCCAUCGUCAAACACGUCCGCUCCAGAAGUUCCACAACCAUCUCCAGCCGGCCUUCAACCUGGAGGCUUGAGCCUUGGUUUCGCAUCAGCGGCUCGUAGUCCUACCAUCUUCAAAGAACCUUUGCAGACAAACACAAGUCCCGCAGGUGAUCUCGAACUGACCUCGCCAUUCUCCAUGGAUGAAGAAUUCGACGAUACUGGUUCUUCGGAUAUGUACACCAUGCAGAUAGAAGACAUCGAUGCAGAUGUAGACUCAGGUCUAGAUUCGGAGUCAACCCUGCGCGCAGCAAGUCCGGCUAGCCUUGGAGAUGAAGAUGUUUCCCCGGCCGGUCACUCACCCAUCCCCGACCUCCCUAUUGCAAGUCUGGGCACUUCGUCCUCAUCUUCUGCCCAGCCAAUCUCGCCCGGCUUUUCUCGACCUUCUGUGCGCGACGAUCCUCAAUUAGAUCUUAGCAGCCCGAUGCCAGAAGAAAUGCCAGCUCAAGGGUCAUUGUACGGAUCGUUUUCACGUCCGAGUUAUAGCAAGCAGCAGACUAGUGGCAGCUUAGGAGAAUCCUUCAUGCAGAGGAAUGCCGAGAAAUUAAUGCGACGCAGACAAUCGAAUCAGCGACCCUAA